AUGACUGUCAAAAAUAUCCCACUCGAUGUGGAAGCGUUGAUAAGUCAGUUAACGCUCGACGAAAAGAUUGAGCUUCUUGCCGGCCAAGGCUCCUUCCGUACAACAGGUCUUCCUCACCGAGGCAUUCCGGCGCUCAUUACCUCAGAUGGACCUCAUGGUAUUCGCGGCCGUCGGUCGUUUCAUCGAAACCCGAGCCCCAUGUUGCCCUCCGCAACUGGUAUGGGGGCCACUUUCAACGCUGAACUCCUUCGCAAGGUCGGAAACCUUCUAGGAGAGGAGGCUAGAGCGAGGGGAGUUCAUGUGCUUCUUGCACCCACAAUCUGCCUCCAACGUUCACCCCUAUUUGGCCGAGGAUUUGAGGCUUUUGCUGAGGAUCCUUAUCUCAGCGGCAUUCUCGGAGCAGCGUACAUCAAUGGCGUCCAAGAAAGAGGAGUUGCCACAAGUGUGAAGCACUACGCGGCUCAUGAUCAAUCUGACAACUCCAUUGAAGACAAUGUCUGCAUGACUCAAAGGACCCUUCGCGAACUUCAUAUGCUCCCUUUCCAGCUGGUCAUGCGUGACUCAGACCCCUGGACCUUUAUGACAUCCUACAAUAAGAUAAACGGUAUCCACGUGAGCGAGGACCCAUUGUUGAUGAAGGAAAUCUUGAGAGAAGAAUGGGGCUUCAAAGGGCUGGUAAUGAGUGACUGGUUUGGCACAUACAGUACCUCAGAAGCAAUCAAUGCCGGCCUGGACCUAGAGAUGCCUGGGCCUGCCCAGUGGAGAGGUAAAUGUUUAAGUCUCGCCGUCAACAGCCGCAAGGUUGCGCGGACAACCAUUGACGAGAGCGUGAGAAAUGUCCUCAAUCUGGUCAACAAAGUGACGGACACAAAACCGGAGGGGUACUUUUCUGCUUCAAACACUCCAGAGCAGCAAUCUCUGAUUCGGAAGUUGGUUGCUGAGAGCAUUGUUCUUCUGAAGAAUGAGAAGAGAGUCUUGCCUAUUAAGAGCUCGGAAAAGAAACGCAUUGGUUUGAUUGGUGACCACAUCAAGAACCCUGCUUUGAGCGGCGGUGGAAGUGCAGAGGUCGAGCCUUACUACUCCGUGACUCCCUACACCGCUAUUGUAGAGGAGGUAGGAAAGGAGAAUGUCUCGUAUUCUCUCGGAUGCCACUCCUUCAGAUUCAGCCCGCUUCUCAAGAACUUGAAGCCUCUGAACGCAGAGGGGUUCGGUUGGUCCGUUGAAGUUUUCGGAGAGAACCCGGAAGUAAACCCUAAUGCUGAGGUUCUCUUGUCAGCCACUGCCGAGAAGGAACUGAUUGACGUACCCGAGAGUUUCCAUGCCACGUUGCCAAAGAUGUUCUACGCCAGAGCCCGCGCCAUCUACACUCCGGAAACGACUGGCCCCUUCCGCUUCGGUUUCAGUACGUCAGGAAAAGGAAGGGUGAAGAUUGAUGGUGAAGAAGUCAUCGACCUGUGGACCGACCAGCCUGAAAAGACGGGACCUACGCCCUGCUUUAACAGAUUGUCCAUGGAAAAGUUCUGCGAUACCGAACUUACUGAGGGCAAGCCUAUCACUAUUGAGGUCGUCCAAGUCAACGAGGAUCUUUCUGGCGGUGUUGGUACGGCGUUGACUCUUGCCGGCAGAGUCGGUGGUUUCGAGAUUAUUGACGAGGAUCUUGCUAUCAGGGAGGCAGCGGAGCUGGCAAAGAACGUUGACAUUCCGAUCGUUGUCACUGGACUUUCCUCGGACUUUGAGUAUGAGGGCGCAGAUCGAAAGCAUUUGAGACUACCUGGCCGUGUGGACGACUUGAUCCAGGCGGUUCUUGCAGCGAAUCCCAACGCCGUUAUCGUCACGCAAUCAGGUUGCCCUAUCGAGAUGCCCUGGGAAUCUCAAGCGUCCACGUUAGUUCACGCUUGGUUUGGUGGACAGGAGACUGGACAUGGCCUCGCAGAUGUCCUCUUUGGCAAGGAGAACCCCUCCGGAAGACUAUCUCAAACGUUCCCGAGGUCCGUUAAGCACAACCCGGCGUACCUCAACUUCUCAAAAACGGAUUACGAUAUUGUGUACGGCGAGGGCGUUUUCAUCGGCCACCGAUACUACGAGGUAGUUGACCGCGACCCGCUCUUUUACUUUGGACACGGCCUUUCGUACUCAACCUUUGAGUAUUCUCAACUCCAGGUGCCGGCCACGUUCGAGCCGUCUGUCGACCACAAGAUUACUAUCUCGGUGAAUGUGACAAACAAGGGUGCCUAUGAUGGCGCCGAGGUCAUUCAGGUCUACAUUCACGAUCCAGUCAGCACGGUUCAGCGUCCAGUUCGGGAGCUGAAAGCGUUCGCAAAGGUGUUUUUGGCUGUCAAUGAGACGAAGACUGUCCAGCUGGUGCUCGACAAGUACGCGCUCUCGUUCUGGUCGCAGGAGAGGUCAAAGUGGCAAGCGGAGGCUGGAGAAUAUGUGGCGAUUGUGGCAGCCAGUUCAAACCCUCAGAAUGAAAUCCUAAGAGCUAGCUUCACUUUGCCUAAGACAUUCUUCUGGGAAGGUGUUUGA